AGCAAAGAUUUGGCGUCAAGCCAUACACGAUCGAAGCGCUUACGUGUGGCUGUGCAGUGUUAUAUGGACAGGUAAUUGAGAUAUUGCUGAGAUAUUGCUGAAUCACGGGUACGAACAAAUAAUAAAACGAUUUAGUGUAUCACAGGUCAUCCGGCGGGUGGAUUAGCUUGCUGUGGUCGCACGUGAACGACGACGACUUAUCGUGUAAUACAAUCGACGAAUCGUAACAAUGUAAUAGUAAUACUAAUACAUUGAUGAUGGUAUUAGAUACUGCUACUAAGUACUAUUCUAGUAAUACCACAGUGUACUACUACAUACAGUACAGUGGACACUGGCUACAAGUUACCUUCUCGCCCCUCGCUACGUGACAUGAAACAGCUAGUCCUAGAACCUGGAAGGGCCAAGUAGACACAUGAAAGCUCUUAACAACUGAAUAAAGCACUGCUCGCCUCUGUACAAACUACAUCUCGAUCGACAGAGAAUGCCGCAUGCAUUCCAAUCUCACGCAUACCUAAGAAGGUUGUACAAAUGCUGCUGCGCGUGGUGUGUCGCUUUUGCGUGUAUGUCGACCGGUGCGUUGGUGUUAUUUGGCUUUGUCAUUGUGAAACCCUAUCUGCAUGCCACCGCGUUGGAGCUGACCAACUGCACUGUGCUGUUUGCCACCCAGGUGGAAGCUUGGGUCCCCUGCAAGUGUGGCCAGGGUUGCAGCUCCAGCUUCCCCUGCCUGCAGGUGAUCGUCGAGUACUGGAGUGAUGCGGCAAAUAGUACCACACGAGCAAUGAUUUAUGACAAUGAGGAGGUUUCACACCAGUCUCUCGGGUGCACCGUGCAAGCGUGCUCAGAGCCUUCAUAUAAUAAGAAGGUGAUUGAUGAAUAUCAGCUCAAAUGGGGCCAACCUGGCCAGGAGUACAUUUGCUGGCAUGAGCCACAAGGGGAACGUGUAUUGCGAGUGAGAGUGCGCAGUAAAAACCAUGUCAUACAUUCCAUGCUCUGGCCCUCACUAGGUUUCACCUUGGCUUUGGUUUGUCUCGUCGUCUUCUUCUUUGUCUCGAGAAGGUAUCAGUUGAAGAAUGACCCUGUGCAGAUGCAGAUGCGAGACUCGCCAACUGUCACUACUCCACCCGAUAAUGAGAACCCUGCAUUCCACCAUCAAUCUCAGUCAACAGAUAGCGUGUAACGUAGCAUGGUGCGAGUACACUGUGUGUGCAUACUGUGUGCGGCUGCCCCAAUAUAAUGUGCACAUGCAUACUGUGAUAGAUGUCUCAUAGAUGCAUAAUGAUAACAAUGGAUGCGCAAAGUGUAUUUGCACCCAUAACAUUACAUACCCUUGCUCAUCCAUUGUAGUCCGUUGCACUUAGUCAAUGAAUUCUACAAAUCUUUUCUGAAGUGUUCAUAACUAUGGUCAUAUAAAGUGGAAAAUUGCCUUGAUAGACCCAGGAGCACAUGUUUGUUUUGUGAAAACUUUUCUAUUUGAAUCUCUUCUCAGUUACUACUAUAGUUUACUCAGUUUCAAGUGCAUGGGGGGAAAUCCUAGGCAAGGCAGUUAUUACCGAUUAUUAUAUUCUGAUAACGUAUAUCACUCAAGAUGUGAGGAAGGAGGUAUUAUUAACUCUUGAUGUGAGGCAUAGCAUUAGCAAUAAAAAUGAGUAUUGUGGAUUAGUUGAGAAAAUGCAUGUGCCAUUCAGGUUCGAUGACUGAAGUCAAUCUGACAAUAGUGGAUUUUUAUAAAUGCGUAGGAAAUGAUAUAUUGUAUAUUGCACAAGAGCACUGCUGUGUUGAGUCACUUUGUAUGAUUAUGUUUACCUAGAUCAAUAUAAUGUGCAUGUUCAUACAUAGAUAUUAAGCACAAUGUUUAGAUAGUGCAGUGUAAAAAAAACAUUUUUGUAAAGACUUUACAUAGUAGUAUUAAAAACAGAUUUCAUCUCU